UCCGGUACUUCUCCUGCGCUCUGAGGGUCGUCUGCGAAACGAUUUGCUUCCUCUCCCACAGUAGAGAAAGAGGAGGGCGACGUGAGAGAUAGACAGAGCAAUAACAAUAAUCGGAGAUUCAACCCAGUCUGUAGUUGUCGAAGGUGAACUGAGCGUAAACGGAGGAGAGACUAAGGUGAAUAAUAAGGUGCGGGGCGAUAAGGCAGGAAGACAGAGGUGGUGGAGUUUGGGUUGAAACACACAAAACAAAACCGUUCUGUAUUAGGGCUGUUUUAUUAGUGGAUGUGUAUGCAUGAGUUCUGCACCGAAUGGGCGCAAAAACCGCCCCAGAUCUGCCGGGAACAUCUUCCAGAUCGGCAAGCCUCCUUAUCGAGAGAGGAGGGAGAGCACCGAAAGCACCCGCAAAGCCCAGCGCGCUGUGGCCGACUGCAGAAUGAUCGUCCAAGAAUUCAAUACACUUGUGGCCCUGUACCGUGAGCUGGUCAUUUCCAUCGGUGAAAUCACCGUCGACUGUCCAUCCUUACGGGCCGAAAUGCUCAAGACCCGAACUAAAGGCUGCGAAAUGGCGAGAGCGGCACAUCAGAGUCUCUCCUUGAUAUCGGGGCCAGAGGAUGGGGAGAUCCACCCUGAAAUCUGUAGGCUCUUCAUCCAGCUGCAGUGCUGUCUAGAGAUGUACAUCACCGAGAUGCUCAAAUCUGUCUGUUUGCUGGGAUCCCUGCAGCUCCAUAGGAAAGGUAAGGACUCCUGUGGGCCACCAAGGAUUGACAGUAAGGCAGAGGAGAGCUCAGACAUCCCAAUCCUAGAGGACACUUCUUCUUCUCCCACUGACUGUCCUCAGCUCUGCUGGCUGGUGGCCACCGACAUAGAAAACAUAGAAAAGGAUAUGAGAGAGAUGAAGAACCUUCUCAGUAAACUCAGGGAGACGAUGCCUUUACCACUGAAGAACCAAGAUGACAGCAGCUUGCUGAACCUGACUCCCUACCCACUGGUCCGACAGAGGAAGAGGCGGUUCUUUGGGCUCUGUUGCCUGGUAACCAGCUAAGGGCCCCGCCUUCCUGGGUGGGAGGCAGCAACAAAGACACCAUUACCCACUGUCCUUCACCACUUGUGUCUCCCACCAAUCUAUUACUGCCAUUUUCAAAUAAAUUGUCUCUUUCUCUCUUUUUUUUUAAAGGCUGCCCAUUUUAUAAUUUUAUUUUGUAAUACAAAGAAGAAUUGUAAUUGCAAUGUAUUGAAAACAAUAGUCAUGAACAUAUAUUUUAAGAUAUUUUGAAACAGAUUUCCCCUUUUUGGUAAAUGAAGUCAGAUACUUUGCUUGUCCAGUGUAAAUGAGAAUGAGAGGCCAUUUGAAAUAAUGUCAAUGUUCGAUUACUUCCACAAAACUGAUUGCUGAAUGAAUGAAAUAAGGACUAAUACAAAAAGGGAAUUAACUGUUUGUUUGUUUUGUCAGAUAUAAUGAGAUUAUUUAUUUAUAGACUCCAUCUAAAUACUUAAGGAUGACACUUGCAGAGACAAAGUUACAACUUUGUCUGAGCUGAGAUGACAGGACUGUGCAGAGUAAGUCUGUUGUGUAUUAUGGUCUCUUUUUUCUUUCUUUUUUUUUUUGCUGUCUUUCUUCUUAAUGUACUUAAUUUAGUCUUCCAUGAACCAAAAACCUGUACCAGACUUUUACUUUCCAGCUUCAGAAAGGAAUAUAUGAUACAAUACUCAAAAGAAAACUUCUUUGCACACAAUAUCUAUCUAUAAAUUGAGACAUUAGACUUGUAUAUACACAUACUCUUUACGCAAAUGCGCUCUGAAUUAUUUUCAAAGUCGGGGUUGGUUAGCUGAGGAUCUGUUGGUUGGCAUAAGCAGGGAGAGUCUCCCUUUGUCUGGGGCAAUCAGUGCAGACAGAGGGCAGACAGCAUGGGUGUUGCUUAUUAAUGAUAGUGAUCAAUGUUUAGGGCAUGGUGAAGGUACUGUAGUCAAAGCUGAUAAAA